ACUAGACAAUGAACUUCAACGAAGGUGGCUAAAUAUUCGAAGCGCCUUACCUCAGUUGAACCUUAUCCAAGUUCCAAGGGCGGUCAAGUUUCCCAAUGCAACGUUCUACGAGUUACAUGGAUUCGCCGACGCUUCAAAUGCCGCAUACGGAGCAUGUCUGUACUUGCGAAGUGUGUUCAACGAUGGAUCUGCCAAGUUACGCCUACUAACAAGCAAAUCUAAAGUUGCGCCUUUGCACGAAUUGUCAAUCCCUCGAAAAGAGCUAUGUGCUGCACUUCUCCUGACGCGUUUGGUGCAAAAGGUAUUGCCUGCGUUGAAGAUCUCAUUCCAAAAGGUCGUACUAUGGUCCGAUAGUAUGAUCGUUCUGGCUUGGCUUAAAAGAUCUACCAGCAACAUGCAGACCUUCGUAAGGAAUCGGGUAGCUGAAAUCCAGAAGGACACUAGUGAAUUCCUGUGGAGUUACAUUCGUUCCGAAUCUAACCCAGCAGACGUCAUAACCAGAGGACAACUUCCAGAGGCUUUGAGUCGUAAUAAUCUAUGGUGGGAUGGCCCACAGUUUCUCACAAGAGUGGAAUAUGCACUUGAACCUAUCCACGACAUCGCCGAAGAGGAACUUCCAGAGAUGAAACCACUAGUCACCAUGCCGGUCCUGACUACUGAACCUUUUCCAAUCUUUUCAUCUAAAAGUUCAUUCAGGAAAAUCCAGCGAGUCAUUGGCUACGUUCUGCGUUUUGCUGCUAACAGCAAGAAGAAAUCUGCAGAGGAGCGUGUGCGAUUGCCCUACCUGACUAUUGAUGAGUUACGCCGUUCAACUAAUGCCAUUAUCAAAGCCAUACAACACAUCCAUCUGGGAGAUGAAAUAGACCGAGUGAUCUCCAACCAACCCUGCAAACGUAUUGCCAAUCUACGACCAUUCUACGAAGAUGGAUUACUGCGAGUGGGUGGUAGACUAACUCGAUCCAAACUGCCGUUUGCGUCAAAACACCAGAUUAUUCUUCCAGACAAGGAUCCUGUCACGAAGAAAUUGAUCCGAGCUAUGCACAUCGAAUUACUUCACGUUGGACAAGCAGGACUCAUCAGUGCUCUUCGUCAGCGGUAUUGGUUGCUAAAUGCACGCUCAGCUGUUCGACAAGUUACUCGCCAAUGCGUGCAAUGUUUCAGAACCCAUCCCGUCGACACAACGCAGCUAAUGGGAAGCCUACCUGAAGCGAGAAUUGUGCCAUCACCUCCCUUUUCAACGACAGGUGUUGACUACGCUGGCCCUAUUCUUGUCAAACAAGGUAAAUAUCGUCCUAAGAUAAUCAAGUCGUACAUUGCUGUAUUUGUUUGUAUGACGACAAAGGCCGUACACUUAGAAGCGGUGUCUGACCUUACUACGGACGCGUUCUUGGCCGCUUUGAGAAGAUUUAUUAGUCGCCGAGGAAUGGCAUAUCAAAUAUUCUCGGACAACGCUACAAACUUCAAAGGCGCCAAGCACGAGUUGCACGACCUUCAUCGUUUGUUCCAAGAUCAACGAGUAGUCCUCGACAUCCAAGAGUUUUGCCAAGCUCGUGAAGUAGAAUGGCAUUUUAUUCCACCCGACGCCCCAGAAUUCGGUGGACUUUGGGAGGCAGCGGUAAAAUCUGCCAAAACGCAUUUGAAACGAGUUGUUGGAAAUGCUACGCUUACCUUCGAGGAGCUUGGUACUAUCUUGGCUGAGAUAGAAGCCAUACUUAACUCUCGACCGUUGUUUGCUGUCUCCGAUGAUCCAGCUGAUUCCCAAGUCAUCACCCCGGCGCACUACUUGAUAGGACGGCCACUCACAGCACCUGCAGAACCAUCCCUCGAAGCAAUCAACGCCAGCCGCUUAGACCGUUGGCAACAUCUGCAACUUAUGCGCGAACACUUCUGGCGUGCUUGGUCCAAGGACUAUCUUGCCUCAUUGCAGCCAAGGAAGAAAAACUUGAAAAUUAUGCCUAAUGUCCGUCCAGGCAUGAUUGUUUUGGUGCACGACAAAAAUCAGCCUCCUCUCCACUGGAAGUUGGGACGAAUCGUCGAAGUCUAUCCAGGUGAAGACACACUAGUGAGAACAGUUGAUGUCUUAACAAAUGGGGUAACUUACCGCCGCCCAAUAACGAAGAUCUCCAUCCUUCCAAUAGAAGACAACAAUCCACCGACCAAGACCAUCGAACAUUUUGAGACGACGUCUCAACCGGGGGCAGUAUGUUCCGUUCAGCACGGAAUUCCUCCAACCCUGCGGGAAUAACCCUUUGUGGUAUCACCGCAACGUUAUUUUGGCACUCCCGGAACGACCGCACUCUCAUGACCGAACCAGUAAACCGAAUAAAACUUACGACUCGCUGCAAUUCCACUGCAUUGCCAUGAAAAACGUAAACAAACUGCACCGAUGCACCGCAACGCUGUCAUUUUGACAACUGGGACAGUAAGCACCAAGAUGACAGUUGGCGACAGUAAGCACCGAUAGCGACAAAGAUGGUGAGCACCGAUUUAGAACCAUCUAGCAACACGAUAACUGGAAUUUACCCGAAAUUUCUAGAAGUACCCAAAGUGGGUAUAAAAGAAGCAUUGUAACCGACCCGGAGUUUAGUUUGAAUAAAAUCGCGGAUAUAAUCGUAUCAAAAGUGUGAAGUGAAAGUGAAAUAAAGUGUUGAGUAAAGUAAUAGUGGUUUUUUUCCUGAAGUACCAAGUAUCCACUGUAAGAAAGGGAGUCGUCCACCUAGUUACGUGCCAUUCUUCCUAUCGAACGAUUUCCCUUCUCCGAUUCCACCAGCCAGUGUGGAA